UCUUUUGGUCAUUGACUACUGAUUAGACGUCAGGUUCAGGGGUUUGAAAAACAUAUAUUGCAGGGUUUCCCAGAGCCUCAACUUGUCUAUGUGAAGGAAGCGCUCCAAGGAUAAACCCCGAAGCAGGAUCAACCAUAUAUAGAUUCACUAUCGGGACACCCAAAAUUAAAUAUCUGUUUCGGCAAACCAACUCUCUUGCACUCUAGUCACCAUGGCCCCACGCGUCUUCCUUAUCACAGGCACAUCCACAGGAUUCGGCAAGGAAUACGCCCAAGAAGUCCUCAACCGAGGCGACACCGUCGUCGCAACAGCACGAGACCCAUCAUCCCUCAAAUUCAGCGGCACAAAUUCAUCCAACUACCUCGCCGUGCGCCUCGACGUGACAGACCGAGCCAGCAUCAAAGAGGCCUUUGACGCCACCCUCGAGAAAUUCAAGCGCGUCGACGUCGUAGUCAACAACGCCGGUUACGGUCUCGCCGGCAAUUUCGAAGAGUACACCGACGACCAAAUCCGUCAACAAAUGGAGGUCAAUCUCUUCGGCCUCAUGGACGUCACCCGUCAGGCCAUGCAGGUGAUGCGUGACCGUCAAACGCCUCAAGGCGGCUUGAUUCAACAAGUCACCAGUAUCGGCGGGCAGAGAGGUGUACCGCUAUUCAGCGCGUACUGCGCGAGUAAAUGGGCUGUCGAGGGGUUCACAGAGGCCGUCAGUCUUGAAGUCAAGCCUGAGUGGGGUAUCAAGUUUACUUGUGUUGAGCCCGGUGGAUUUAGAACAGACUGGCCUGGCCGCAGUAUGACCUUUGCGGACCGCCAUCCUGCAUAUGACCACAUGGACGCCAGAGAACGCAUGACCGCCCGUCACGGAAAACAAGCCGGCGACCCAGCCAAAGGCGCCAAAGCAAUGUACGAACUGGCCGUGAUGAAAGACCCGCCUCUGCGCUGUGUCAUCGGCACCGACGCCUACGCCGCCAUCAUGAACAAGAUCGACAAAUACGAGCAGAAUUACAAACGCUUCGAAACCCUAAGCAACUCAACCGAUGUCGAAGGAUUCUCGGCUCCGUCUUGAAAACCUCUCCAUUUGGAUGGUUCCAAGGUCACCAUGACCACGACAACAUCAUAGCGCAGCACAUCACAGCCAUCUCAAUUGGGACCAUACGAGUUGUACAUGCAUUAUACCAUAUACCAAUGCACCGAUUGUGCCCUUCCUCUCCGGCAUCACGAUAUACACACAAUAAUAUUUUUAGCGUCGGCCGCGGUCAUCGCGCCAGUUGGUGUACACAUGCAUGGUGAUAUGUAUACUUUUAUAACUCCCACUACUAUGCGCGCUGACUGGGGGGGUUCAUAAAGUCCUGGGCAUGGAGAUGGAGAUGGAGAUGGAGGUGGAGACGUGAGAGUACUGGAGAAGAGACGAUGCGUUCCUGGUCCUUGGUCAUACUAUCACAAGACAUUUAGAUAUACAACGAUCCAAAUGAACAUUCUGUUUCUACGUUUCUA